AUUUUUUUUUUAGAAAAACUGCUUUCACUUUCAUUUCAACAGUCACCUCGAUUCAUCAUCAUGUUGUCGUUAAAACUACUACAAACUUUAUCACAAUGCAACAGUGCAAGAACAGUGCUCAUAUCAGGAAGGAUUCUUUCUGUGGAUGUUAUUAACUGUAAAAGAAAUAUUUUAAAAUGUUAUUCAACCCAAAACCAAGAGCAAUCAAGCAAAGAAACCAGAGAAAAUUCGAAACCCAAGACCGGUGCAGAGUUGGAUGUAAAGAGAAAGAGUCCAUACGAAGGUUUAUCAGCGGGUCAGAAAGUUGUGGAGGCAGGAAAAGACCUGACAUACAUAGCUGUAAUAGUGGUAGGCGGCGGAUUAAUCGGCUACAUCCUGUACAACUUGUAUCAAGAGCUGUGUGCUACAGAUGGGGCCACCAGUGUGUACAGUGCUGCCGCAGAAAUCUGUAAAAACGAUGGGAGGGUGAUUAAUGCAAUGGGUGAACCUAUCAAGGUGUAUGGAGAGACAGACAGAAGAGGCAGACGAAGACAUGUCAGCCAUGAAGAGUUCAUAGUUGAUGGGGCUAAACACAUGAGAAUGAAGUUCUAUCUCCAGAGUUCUCAUAAAAUGGCAACAGUAUACGCCGAGGUUAAGCAGGAACCAGACAAAGAGAGCGAGUACGUCUACCUGAUUGUAGAAAUGAAAGGAUUCCCAAGCAAAACCAUCGUCAUAUAUGACAGGCGAUGAUAGCUACUGAAGCCUGCAACAAGCCACGAUUUCAGACUUUAAAUCAUAGUGCCUCUUAUAGGACCAUUUGGAUAAGAAUAAAGAAAUGAUGUUUGUCUUCCUUAACUAUCAAACGCUCUCUCUAGGUUCUCUAACAUUUGAUAAUUUACUACUAAGCUACUGUUACAGACACAUUAUUUAUCCUGGAAAUGAACAUAAGAAUAUCCAAAAACAACAGAAUAAACAAAACUAUAGAGAAUACUAUGAAACAUAUGUAAACUUUCAUGUUGUGAAUAGGGUCUCGGUCUUUAUUUGUAUAUAAAUGACUGUAGAUUCUAGUGACUUUCAAAUGAAUGUAAAAAGUUAGAUAAUAAAAUAAACCAUGUAAAUAGUUGUGCAUUAUUUAGAUGGAAUAAAUUUUGAAUACAUGUUAAGAA